UCGUGAUUGUCAUGCGACAUCGAUCGCUGGGAACCUCUGCGGUAGACGCUACUUGCCUCGUCACACCGACCCCGAAUUCGCGAAUCACAUCAAGCCUGAUCCGAGACUGAAGAGACAUUAUCGCAGACCGCUUCUUUCAAGCGCUUCUUCCAAGCGCUUCUUCCAAGCGCUUCGGGCCAGCUGCUUCUCACUCGAGUACCCUAUAAAGAGACGCAAGAAAGAAGACGCAGCAUCCAGGCAUAUCCGACAUGCCGCGGCGCUCACUUCCGCUCGUCUUCAGCCACUGAAGCUGCGGCUAGGCAAGCAGAAGCACAGUUUACGCCUCGAUGACACCUGAAGAGUAGAGACGUCCGCGGCGUAGCCUCGCACCGAUGUCUACACGCAUGGCAUAUCCUCCCAACGAGGAGCUGGCAGCGCAACCAGCCUUUCGACGUCGAGACCCUACGCCAGAGGCUGACGCGAAUCGAAGUGCACCAACGUCGAUCAGCGCACCUGUUUCCCGCAACCCUUCGUCGCUCAGCCUUUCGGCCCUCACUCUUAGCCUCUCGCGGCCCUCGGCACACGUCUUUCCUGCGCUGCCACAGCGCCUCGACCGCGACCGCGAUCAGCUCCGGACUCAGAGUCACAGUGAUGUGGAGUCAGAGAGCCAGAGCGAGACGGAGGGAGAGACAGACACGGAUUGGGAAGCUGAGACUGAAGUGGAGGCUCAUUCUGCAAGCGAGGCGGAUUCUGAUACUGCUGUGGAAUUUUGUGCAGGGCCGCAGCAUGCUCGCGAUGGCAUGCACGUGGUCGGAGAAGCUGGUCCAUCCUCUUAUCAAAGGAUCAGGUCCGGUCAGCAUAGCCCCGAGACGCCACGAGCCUCAGCCCAGAGCGCUCACUAUUUUGGGUCGACUGACCUUGCAAGGAAGGGCUCGAGGAACCUUGGUGAUGAAAGAAGAAAUACCACGUCUGCAUCUGGCAGGAGCCCUCGCACCUCCUCCAGACCUCCUUCUCCAGGUCGAGAUGCACACCUUGGUCGGCAUGACGAGUCUAUCGUCACCGACGCUGCUCGAAGAAACACGUUGGUCAAAGCUCGCCUCGCAAAAUCCUCUCCUUUGAUCGCAGCGACCGAGCUGUCCCCUCUCAGCACGUCUAGAUCAUUUAAUGAAGCUUCGACGUCGAGCAGGGCUGAAGGAGAGGCUGGAGCAGAAGCCUCGCCGCGUGGCUGGAAUCGCCAUCGUGCGAGAUCAUGGGCGAACGACCCAGGUUUGGCUUUCACACCCCGAACGCCGAGAGCUGGAUCCCCUGUACAAAUAGCCUUGACAAACAGCGAGGCUGGGCAAACUGGGGCGGAUCUUGUCCGCGCCACUAGCGACAGGCGGAGGAGACGCGCAGGCUCGGGAAGCAGUAGCGUUGGUGCCAUAUCAGGCGCAACGACUAAUGCUCCAACAAGCUCUUAUUCAUCAUUGCAAACAUCGGCGGCUCAGCCACGGAACUUUGCCGGGUCAGCGUCGGCGGCAGCACCUUCCUCAGCACCUACGCCUACCAUUGCGCCUACAGGCGCAGCUACUGAUGCGGAUAUCGCCUGGUUGGCUGCCUCCCUGGCGCAAGGCCUUCAGCACGCAGCCUCCUAUCGGCAUUCAGGUAAUGUUGAUGGAUCCGAAAGCGCCAAUGACAGAGUCUCAUCGCCCUCAGGAAGCCCGCAAGCGCUUCGUGCUUUGCACGAGGUCACUGUUAGGACAGCGAAUGGCAAUGCGCGGAACGACUUGCGAUCGUACUCGCUGCCGCAAAGCACGACGGCGAUAGACGAGCCAUGCGAUUUGCCGCCUCCGUACACACCAAGUCGACCAGUCACUCCGCCUAGGUCAAGUCGCACUUCCACGCAGUCGCACAGCAGAAAUGUAUCUGCACCUAUUGGGCUAGAACAGGGAGAAAGGGGAAGGGCUUGGCCGAGCACAUCGCGCGGCGAGCGAAUGAGCCCGCCCGGUGAUGAUGAUGGGCUCUCACCGCCAUCGCCUCUUAGCCGGCCACUUCAUCUCACCGAGGUUGGCGAUGAAGGAGCUGCCGCGCCUUCGGCUUGGGUUAUGCGACGAUUGCUACACCCUCUGCGUCUGCUUGCUGCGGUGCCCGGCAGUCUCGGCACCUUCUGGCUCCUGCGAAAUGCAAUCUUGUGUCUGAUUGUCAAUGGGUGUCUAAUGAGCCCGCGCAGCAUUCAAGUGGAAGGGCCAAGACAGCCUAGUGCCGCAGAAUUUUUGGUCUCCACUCUCUGGAGUAUAUCGACCGCCUACCAUGCUCUGUCAUUCACCACGCUGCUGUUGCGCCGCUGGCUGGCUUACUAUGCAUUGCCCAGCUCCGUCAUUCGCCUGAUGGCUUUACAGGCCAUCUGCUGGCCUCUCGUUCGACUCACAUUGUUCAUCUUCGGUCCACGGAACCCUGUAGGUGCCUGGGUUGUGAUUGGCACGACCACCGCCUUUUCGGACACUGUGGCGAGAUGGGUGACCAGCAACAUCGCAGACGCUCCGGAAGACUUUGCCGGCCCGUCACUGACCGGCAGCGCCUCUGGAACAAGCACACCGACUGCGAGUAGCAGGUCGAAUCGAAGGGCACGUCGGGAGCCAAGCAGACGCUUCUGGAGAGCCAUCAUGGGCGCCCCCAGCAGCCGGAGCGUGCUCACUUCCGCCGAUCUGAGCGGUGGGCUGGGCCAAAACGGUCCUUUGCCGACCUCUUUGAGCAGUCGCAGCGCUUUCACUGAGAGCGAAUGGGAAAGCGACGCGGGCCUGCGCAGUGGAGGCGAUGAUACGAUGGCAGAGACGGAUUUGGACGAUGAUGCGGUGCUCUCUGCCGGUAGCGUCACCGACGAUACAUCUGCAGCUGGUCUCCGACGACGAAGGCCGAACCAGUCAGGAGGACCCGAGCGACUAUUCAGGGGUAUCUCGAGCGUGGGUCAGAUACGUCGGCCGACCACUCAAUCGGGACGAAGACAUCGCAGCAUCUCGUCGGGCGAACCGAGAAGAGUGUUUCAUUGGGACGUCGCUAUGCGUCGUAAUGUCUUGCCCAUCGCGCUUCUGGGAUACGUCACCAUGUGGACUUUGUUGGCGGAUACAAUGAAAUCGUCCUAGGGCACCUGGCUUUUGUGAGCCUCGGUGCCCAGAUAGAUCUGCUCCAGUCUUGAAC